AUGGAGUCGACAGAUGAGAUUUGGACCGAUGUGAAUGAUCGGCGGAAGCCGAAAAGACAGAACUAUGUCGACAAGGAUAAAUCUGUAAGGCUCGACGUCACCAAGUUUUUUAUUUCUAACCUCCCACCGGGUUGCAGACCGUGGGACGUAGCAGACUUUGUUAGGGUUUAUGGGGAAGUCAGCGGUAUGUAUAUCGCUAGGAAAAGAGAUAAGGCAGGCAACAGGUUUGGGUUUCUGAGCUUUAAGAACGUCAAAGAUGCAAAAAACUUGGAAAAGGCUCUUAAUGGUUUAAAAAUGGGAGGUCAUAAGCUCAUGGUGAACAUCGCUCGUUUUGCUAAUGAGAAUAUCGGUGUCAGAGAAUCUGAUGGUAGACCGGGUAUUAGGCUGGUCGGCAUGAGGGAUGGUGACGGAGGCACUAAUAAGAAGACAAGUGGGUUAAAUGGGGCAAGAAUUGCUGAGGAUACCAGGGGUAAGGCUAAGCUGUUUACAAAGGAGGGGAUUUCUUACAAGGAUAUGGUGGCUCCUAUGAAGAAGACGAUUUCGGUUAUUCCUGAUUGUUCGGGAUCUCAGGAACCUAUGAGGGUGAUCGAGGUCCAUAAAGAAACUAGCGCUUUCUUUGCUUUCCAGGAGAGGGCGGUUAUUGGUAGAGCGGUGAACGUUAGAAUGUUGGCAGAGCUACAAAACUUGUUAUCUUCUGUUGGUUAUGGUAAGGCUAAGGUUUAUUAUGCGGGGGGUCUAUAUGUGAUUAUUGUUUUCCUUGAAGUCUUUGAGGCUAUGGAUUUGUUUAACAAUAGUAGAACUUGGGAUGCUUGGUUUUCAUCUUUAGACAUGUGGGUAGGCCAGUCUCUACCAUUUGAAAGGAUUUCUUGGAUCAAAUUCGUCGGUGUGCCCGUUCACCUUGCGGAAAAUAAAGUUUUCGAUGAUAUGGCAGAGCAUUACGACAAGGUGGUUCACGGGUCCCAACUGUCUGCUGAGGUCAGAGGCCUUUCGAUUAAUAGGGUUGGAGUUCUUGUUGGUCAUGGGGAACCUAUUUCGGAUUCGGUGUUUCUGAGCUGGCAUGGUAGAAAAUAUAAAGUUUGGGUCUUGGAGGAACAAAGGGAAUGGGUUCCGGAUUGUAUUGUGGAGGAUGAGAGUGAGGAUAGGGACGACGAUAUGUCGGUGCCAUCGGUCGAUGAUGUGCCAGAGGCCGAUAUUCCGGAGCCACCGGAAAACAUGGAGGAAAUCAGACAGGUGAGAGAAGGGCUGGUAGGUGAAAAGGAAGGUUUGGGCGGCAGAUCCGAAGGGGCAGGAGUGCAUGGGAAUUCGGCGGCACGUGGGGACCGUUUUAAGGUUAGGAUGAAUGAUUGUUGGAGAUAG